GCGAACGGAAAAGGGAAUAAAAAUUUCCCUUUCAUCAUGUUCUAGGUUCGUUCGGUAACGAAAUAAUUAAUGAAAAAAGUGCCCCAUAUUCCCAAGUGUGUAUGUGUGUUUUUGAAAGAUAGUUUGGAAAAUUGGUUCCUUCGAUUGUUGUUGCGUUUCCGCAUACGUCCGACACCGCACACAGGAUACUGGAUGACUAGAUGAUAAUCCUGUUGCUGUAAAAGCCUUUUACAACACGUCGAAAUGUCACCGCUGCCUCCGUUGCACGAGGACAUGGAAAUGCGGCAAAGUAGUGAAAUCAAUAAACGUGAGCAUUGGAGGCGGAAAAACGACAGCAGCAGCACGGGAAGCGGUUGGCCACACGGACCUGCCAUCUCAAGGCUGGAACGGUUGGUCGCGACGGUGGGUCUGCUGUGGUUAGCCAUUGGAUGCACGUUUGCGGUCGCCAGUUCCGUGCACGAUGGUCACUGCAAACACCAACAUCCCAAGGCACAUGAGGUGGUGCAUGGAGUACAGUUGGAACCGCUGCAUGUCAUCCGGAAGCGUAGCAUCGAUCAACCGCUUCGGAUACUGAUCGUCUACGAUGAAUCUGUCUACCGGCUAGAUACCGAUAAAUUUUCGCUCAUUAAUAACACCAUCUUGCCGGAAGCGGUACGAUUUUGGGAGCAAGCUCUGAUGGUGCGCCAGACGAAGGAAACCAUAAGACUGAAUCGGAAAUGUGAAAGCAGUCAGGUGUUUGUGAAAAACUCGAUGACGUACUGUAUCGAUUCCUGCAAGCAAGCUACACUCUGUGGUGAAGUGCAAGUGCCACCGGACCAUCUCGAUGUGUGUCGGGUUUGCAAUUCUACCGGACAGGAUUGCCACGAAGAUGCGAACACAACAGCCGGACCGGGUAUUUCCAAUGCGGACUUUGUGUUUUACGUGUCCGCGCUACAGUCGGAACGCUGCCAUAAAGGGCUUACGGUUGCAUACGCGGCACAUUGCCAACAAGAAGCAGCCCUCGAUCGUCCCAUCGCCGGCCAUGCGAACCUGUGCCCGGAUAGCAUUAGCACCAAACCGCAGGAGCUCCAAACGUUACUGUCCACGGUGAAGCACGAGAUACUGCAUGCGCUUGGGUUUUCUGUGAGUCUUUACGCGUUCUUUCGGCACGACGAUGGUACUCCACGCACACCUCGCAAACCGGACACUGGAAAGCCUUACCUGAAUGAAAAGUUCCAGAUACACCAGUGGAGUGAAGAUACCAUCCGCAAAGUGGUACGCACCGAUUGGGCCGUGCGUGAUGGCACGAUUAACCGUACGAUCGAUAUGUUCGUUACACCGCGUGUGGUGCAGGAGGUUCGCGAUCACUUCAGCUGUCAGAAGCUGGAGGGUGCCGAGCUGGAGGAUCAAGGCGGUGAAGGGACUGCACUGACACACUGGGAAAAACGUGUGCUGGAAAACGAAGCAAUGACGGGCACGCACACACAAAGUUCGGCCUUUUCACGCAUCACUUUGGCCUUGAUGGAGGAUUCGGGAUGGUAUAAAGCCAACUACACCAUGGCAUCACCGUUGACGUGGGGUCGCGGUUUGGGUUGUAAUUUUGCCAUGCGUAGCUGUAAGGAAUGGAUUACAUCCAACACACUGAGAGGUCGCUCGAUUCAUCCUUUCUGUGCGAAAGUGAAACGCGAUCCACUACAAACGGAAUGUACCGACGAUCGUAGUUCGGUUGCGUUGUGCAACCUGGUGCGCCACACAACGCCACUGCCACCACAGUACCAAAACUUUGAUUCCCUAGCACACGUUCCUGUCGGCGAGGAAGGAUACUACGGUGGAUCCGUUUCGCUUGCCGAUCACUGCCCAUAUAUUCAAGAAUUUACCUGGCGUAGCAAAAAUGUGGUCGUCCGUGGAUCCCAAUGCCAGUUCGAAGAUAACAAUCCCAAGCCGGAGAAAAAUUUCGCUCUCGAAUCGUACGGACCAACGUCGAAGUGCUUCGAUCACACCGAGAACAUGUGGGAGGAACGUUCUUGCAGACAAACGCGAGAAUGGCAGCACUGGGGUUCCGGUUGCUACCAGUAUCGCUGCCAGCAUGGUCGUUUACAUAUUCUGAUAGCGAAUAAAUCGUACGAGUGUUACUUUGCCGGACAGAAACUUAAAGUGCAACUCAUGGCAGAAGGUUGGUUGCACCGGGGAGCUGUUGUAUGUCCAUCCUGCAAGGAGAUAUGUAACCCCGAAUUUGAGCGGCGUGGCGAGCGCUGUAAAAUUAGCGAAAGUGCGCCACCGGAUAGUUACUAUCCGAGGGAUGAACUAAAGUGUAGCAGCGCUGAUACGCCACACUCGAAGGCAUUGCUUUCGAGCUUGAUACUUUUAUCAUUGGCCACGGCCGCCAGUACGAGCGUUCCCCGGAUAUACAGCUAAUCUUUGCUUCCUUUCGAUAGGGUUCUACAGCACCAAUGCCGUGCAUUGUGUGAACAAAAGUUUCGUAUUACCGUUUUAUCAACCAUUUUAUGUAUGUGAUACCUUUAUCAACGUCGGCCUCGGGCAAUAUAGUGACAAGAAAAAGGGGCCCCCGAUGUAACAAGUCAUUACAUCACGCAGUUAACACGAACUAAUUAUGUUUUGUGGAAUAAUGUUAGUGCGAAUCACCUGAUAGUAAAAUGCAAAAUUUAUAAGAACACCACCACAUCACUAAAUUAGAUCACCUGCCUGUUAACAUUUAGAAUCGACAGUAAAACUAGAUGUGUAAAUAACUGCCUAAAUUCAUGAAGGACACUCAUGCACGUGCCACAGUGCAUGGUUUGUCCUUUCUUAACAACGCACCAUUACCUUAUCUGAAUCGCGUGGCUGCAACAUUCCAUUCGUGUAAAGUGAUAACUUAUUUAAUUUGAUUUUAUUACCAGUUUUAUAGAUUGUUUGUAUUGCUAAAACAUACGAGGGCAGUAUUAAUCGCGUCUCAAAAUUCUUCGGUAGAAUUUUUAUUCGAAUACACAAAAGAACGUAACGACUCCUGCCAUAUAUGGUAUGAUCACGUUCGUCAACGAUGUGAUGUGUUGUUUCAGCAGUUUCCGUAAAAUAGGCCAUUCCACGCAAAUCCAGUGAAAAGGCAAAACGGUAACACACAAAAAUAUGCAAAACUGCCAAAGUCAUACAUUCUCGUACAUGAAUCAAAUUCUUUUGUUUUAAUGGGAAAUUCUUUGUUGAUAAUAGAUAGUUAUGAGUGGCCCAUGCAUCACAUCCUUUCAUUUGCUGGAUAGCAAUAUCCGGAAGAAUGUGCAAAACACAAAAAUGGCUUCAAGAUUUCCUUCAGAAUCAUUCCUAUUUCAUUACAUUGUUGAUAUUUUAGUUUUAUCAUUAGCAUUGCCGUUUUUUAUUUAAGUAUACCGUUAAGUAUGCAAUAAAGCGUAUUACUAAGCAAGGCUCUUAUACCUU